AUGGGGCGCGACAAUUACGGCGACGGCGAUAGCCGAAGGCGGCGCGACCACAACGACGAUGACAGACGAGGCGAUGGUAAAGAACAUAGGUCACGGCGGAGGUCACUUGGUGACGAGGAUGCCGAUAGACGUCGCCAUAGGUCGCGCGAGCGACGCAGGUCGAGGACGCCAGAGUCCGCCAGCAGGUCUGGCCGCGAUUCCCACAGCAGCCGGCAGCGCGACAGGAGCCGCAACCGAGAGAGGCGGCACCGACGCACCGACGAUGAUAGAAAGCACUCAUCACGUCGCUACAAGGAUGGCGACCGCGACGAUGAGAGGUCAAUGGAGAAGAAGAGCAGAGCCAGCCCCAUUCAGCGAAGCGGCCCUCUCCCAUCGCAGGAAGCCUCAUUUGCGGUGACACAAGGCGAAGAACCCGAGAAGCCCAAGGAGAAGGCAAACUUUGGCAACACGGGGCUUUUAGCAGCGGCUUCCAACUCGGUGACGCAAGCGGACGGCUCUACUGUGACCCUCAAGUAUCACGAGCCUUCCGAGGCGCGCAAACCGUCGCCACGGGACCAGUGGAAGCUCUACAUCUUCAAGGGCGACGACAUUGUGGACACGGUCGACCUGAGCUCGCGGAGCUGCUGGCUGAUCGGCCGGGAAAUGUCCGUCGUCGACCUGGCCGCCGAGCACCCCAGCAUCAGCAAGCAGCACGCCGUCAUCCAGUUUCGCUACACGGAGCGGCGCAACGAGUUUGGCGAUAAGAUUGGCAAGGUCAAGCCGUAUCUGAUUGACCUCGAGAGCGCCAACGGCACCAUGCUCAACAGCGGAAGGAUACAGGACAGCCGUUACCUCGAGCUCAGGGACAAGGACAUGGUGCAGUUUGGGCAGAGCACGCGCGAGUAUGUCGUCAUGCUGGCGCCUCGAGCGUAG